AAGUUCCUCAUUCUGUGUGGCAGAGUGUGACAGACCAUUGUCGACCGGCUGACCCAUUUGUCAGAGAAGAACAGCCAUAGAGUGUCGGUGGACUUGUCUGUUAUCAACCAGAUGAGAAACACAGAAGAAAUCUGAGGACUAAAAACAGUGGAUGAACUUUUUCACCAACUUGGAUAACACAGCGAGAGAGACAGGAUGGGCUGUAUGAAGUCCACACUGAGCGGAGGCUUGGAGGGAAAGAGCAGCCAGCAGACUGUACGUACUGAGCAAAUGCACUAUGUCAGAGACCCCACCUCAUCCAUUACAAAAAACAUAAUAAAUAACUCACUGUUACCUGGUCAGGUGUUCCAAAAGAUGGAAGAGCAAAGUGUCGGUAAAAUAAUGAUCACCCUAUACCCGUAUGAAGCCGUGCAUCAGGAUGACUUGGGAUUCAAGAAGGGGGAAAUGGUGAAAGUCUUAGAGGAACAUGGGGAGUGGUGGAAAGCAAAGUCGUUGACAACCAAGAAAGAAGGUUUCAUCCCAUCCAACUAUGUUGCCGAAGUGAACACCAUCGAAACAGAGGCGUGGUUUUUCAAGGACAUCACGAGAAAGGACGCAGAGAGGCAGCUGUUGGCACCAGCAAACAAGCCCGGUUCUUAUCUUAUCAGGGAAAGUGAAACAUCGAAAGGAAGCUACUCUUUGUCCAUCAGAGACAUGGACACCUCGGGGACAGAUUCAGUCAAACACUAUAAAAUCAGGAUGUUGGAUAAUGGCGGAUACUACAUCUCUCCUAAAGUGUCUUUCCUCAACAUUGGCGCUAUGAUCAAACACUACCACAGUAAAUCAGAUGGCCUGUGUCGUAAACUGGAUCGUCCGUGUGUGAAACCCAAAGUUCAGAAGCCGUGGGAUAACGAUGCCUGGGAGAUCUCCAAAGAAUCCAUCACGAUGGUGAAGAAACUCGGAGCAGGACAGUUUGGAGAAGUUUGGAUGGCGUUCUACAAGAACAACACCACAGUGGCAGUGAAGACGCUGAAGCCAGGCACCAUGACGGUUGAAGCCUUCAUGGAGGAAGCCAACGUCAUGAAGAUGCUGCAGCACAACAGGCUAGUGCGGCUCUACGCUGUGAUCACCAAAACACCCCCCAUCUAUAUCAUCACUGAAUACAUGGCCAACGGGAGCCUGUUAGACUUCUUAAAGAGUGACGCAGGAGGCAAAGUGCAACUACCAAAGCUCAUCGACUUCUCAGCGCAGAUAGCAGAGGGCAUGGCGUACAUAGAGAAGAAGAACUACAUCCACAGAGACCUGAGAGCGGCGAACGUCCUGGUGUCAGAGAGUCUGCUCUGUAAAAUAGCUGACUUUGGACUUGCAAGAGUCAUAGAGGAUGACGAAUACUCGGCCAGAGAGGGAGCAAAGUUCCCCAUCAAGUGGACCGCUCCAGAGGCCAUAAACUACGGCUCCUUCACCAUCAAGUCGGACAUGUGGUCCUUUGGAGUCCUGCUCUAUGAGAUCAUAACAUACGGGAAAAUCCCUUACCCAGGUAUGACUAAAGGAGAGGUGAUGUCCUCGCUGCAGCGCGGCUACAGGAUGCCUCAGCCCAACGACUGCCCUGCAGAGCUCUAUGAGAUCAUGAUGACGUGCUGGAGGGACAAACCUGAGGACAGACCCACGUUUGAGUACAUGCAGGGUGCCCUGGAGGACUUCUACACCGCCACAGAGGGACAGUACCAGCAACAGCCUUAGAGAGGAACACAAGACUUUCCAUAUGUUUGGAUCCACUUUAGAGGUUCUUUUCUUGUAAAUAUGCCUCACUCUAUGACUGUAAAUAUACUGAAUAUAAUGCUUUUGUCCCUAUGAGAAUAUAAACAUGCAGCUUUCAGCAUCUUGUGGGGUCUUAAACCAUUAUUUCUGUGUAUAAAUAUUGUAUUUAGUGCAACAAAAUCUCACCUUUAGCACAUUUCUGAGAUCUAUAUAAAAGAAAGUUGGUAUUCUUUGUUGGACUUUUUGACACUCGAGUGUUGAUCCAAUGGCGUUUAUGAAUUUGUAACGAAGAGAUUGUUUAUAAGAUUUUAAAACCUUUGUGUACAGAGGGACUGAACAAAAAGCAGGCAUUGUCAAAAGAGGCAGGGUAAAAUAAAGCAGCAUUCAUUUAUGAUUGGUGUAAAAAAUGAAUAACGGAGAAAUAAAUACCUUAUGUCUGUGAAAAUAAUUAGAGGUAAAAAAUGGACUUGCUGCCUAUAAGAAUACCUGACUUGGAGUAAAUGGAAUGACCUCGGUCCUAACUUGUUUCAAACUAACAUAUCUGCAUAAUGAUGGUGUGUCAUUUUAAUGUUCUGAUGAGACUCUAGUGCUUUCAAAGGUAGACUUUUUACAAGUCAGAAACUGAACUCUUCUGUCCACGCAUUAUAUGUUGGGAUGUCUAAUAAAAACAUUGUUAUACGUGUCAAUGGUUUAGAAGAUUGUAGGAGAAAUAUCCAUUUCACUUCCAUCAUGUCUUUAUAACAAUGUCUCUUUAGUGACUUUAUAAAGCAGAUGUUAAAGAAGAGAUGUCUGUUAAGUUACUGUUUUAUUGACCACAGGGAGUCAAUCACCUGUAAAUUCACUUCACAUUGAAGUGUUGUAGCUUUUACUUGUUCUUGUAUUUUGUUUAUAUAUCAAAGAUAAAAGUGUAAUCUGUCGUCUUUAUCAUUUCAUCAUGUAAAAUAUGUUACCGUCAAAUCAAAUAUGUGGAUUUUGACCUCCGUCAUGUUCUUUGUAUCGCUCUUUGUGUAUUUUAAUUAAAAUAAUAUAACAUGA